AUGGCUCACCAUGAAUACCUUCACGAGUUGGAUUUUCAUGGAAUGUUGUUGGCCCAGAUAUCUUACUAUAUCCCCUUUAUCGAAGAAUACGAGCUAUCCUUUUUGCGAAGCUGCUAUGAUGCCUUGGUGGAGAAGUGGCCUAUCCUGCAGGGCUCCGUUGACAUCAGGAUUCCUGGAUUUCAAGCUGUCAAUAUUGAACAACGUGAUCUUGGUAUUUACGACCAAGUGGGCUCUAUAUGCUUCACGCCAUCCUUAUUACGCCUCAUUUGCAAAUUGAUAGCGAAGAAGGUCGACUUAGGAAAGCUGAGGCCCCGAGUGUUUGUUAUCAGUGUGACCAGGAUGGAGGGAUGGUCUGUGAUAGGAUUUCAUAUUGACCAUUCACUUUGCGAUGGCGGUGGAAGAACAGUUGGUCCCUUGAGAAGGAGACCAAGAAGCGUGCAGCUAGGUCAGUGCCGGGGGGGCCCGACAAGCCUCAAAUGGCCGAUGGUCGACGAAGAUUGCCGCGCGUUCACAAUCGGAGAUGCAGUGAGAGGAUCAUUCACCGCAGGAUGGAGUCUCAGCAAGGAGACAUUCCGAUACUUCUUCGAGGAGCGGAUUGACGGUAGAGUGCAUGUGCCCGAGCAACUCGUUCGAAAAUGGCAAGACGACUGUUCAGCCCAAGGCAUUCGGGUGACUACACAUGACACACUUACAGCUUGGAUAGCACGAAUAGUAUUAUCAACUUCCCCGGGGCCGAAGAGGCGACCAUUCAACAUUGUGAUCCCGAUCAGGGUUUCAGCAUUGCUCGACGAAUCAGCCCACCAGAAUGUACUCGAAAAUAGCUUCAUCAUUUCUUCACUGACUUUGAGCCCAGGAGAGGGCAACCUCUCGAUCCCAAGAAUCUCCAAGCAAAUUCGCACGAUGAUCGAUGCUUCCAAACAGAUCGACAGUUUGCAAUCUGCCCUUGGCAAACAGGCCAGAGACCGCUUCUCUCUAACAUAUCCAUUGACUAAGGAAGUAGGUUCCCCAAAUCCGUGGUUGUCAUUAACUUCCUGGGAUGCGAUCGCACCCGACGAGGUUGCGACAGCAGCCUUCACAGCACCGGGCAAGACUCGGUUCGUCUCAUGUGAAGAGCUGAAGGUUUUUCCUAUGUUCGACCUCACAAUUCCUAAUCUGAAGAACGCCCUAUGUUCUUUCAAGUGUCCGUGCGGUGGGUACUGGCUCCACGGACCCCUUCUGACGAAAGCCUGGGAUGCCGCCCAUGCAGACGUGGCUGCCGAGAAUUCUGGCAUUUCGAAUGCAGAUUCCGGUCUUGUAGAUACCAAGUGCUAG